AUGGGACGUAUCACCUACACUCCUGGAGAUCCGGAGUGGACUGUACCGAAGGAUGUUGAAAUCCAACUGAGGGGGCGGUGGAGCGGGAUACCGUUGCUUUGCGACAUGGACAUAAUAUUCAACUUAUCCCGACACUCAGAUGUUGAGCUCCAACUAGACGCGUCGCUGAUUGGAGGUUUCAACCCAACGGUAGCAUAUGAUAUUAGUUGUAUGGCAAUGAUGGAAGACGUAGCUGGAGUCAUCAUCGAUGGAGAACUCUGUGUCGACGAUAAGCCCUUCUGGACCCACAAGAUCAAGGAUCGUGGGGUAUACGAAAUCGCGUAUAUCCGAAGGCCCCCCUGGCGGAAUCCAUUGCUCUGGAUCCUCGACUCUUACCGAGGAACGCCCCUGGUCCAGGAGAAGGACAUCCCGGAGCCAAACCCAUACUGGGAGACCAGUGCCGCCUGCGUGCGCCUCAAGAGGCGAGGCCUGGUUACCGCCGGAAGCGAUGAUCAGGAGACCGACAAUAUGAGAAGAGGGGUUAAUUCCUCCUCAUGGACUCGUGUUUCAUCUGAUUUUAUUCUACAGGCUGAAAUGGAGGGGAGGUGGAGGGAUGUGAGGAGGUGGACGAGGUACAAUCCGGUGCCUGUUAAGGGCGGGCCGAUAAGUACGGAACGUCGAUUGAGAAAGGUGAUUUGGGUAGUAGGCUUGGUAGAACUUUUUAUGGUGACGUUCAUCUUGGGUAAAUGUUUAUUUUGGACGCUGAUGUGGUUCUUAACCUCUGUCCGACUAAUAUACGAGACAGUCAUGAUCUCAUGA